UGGACUGCAGAUGAAUUGAUUGAAUCCAUUCCCACCUCUUUUCCAAUUCAGAUCUAAUCGACUGGAAUCUGUUGAUCCUCUCAGUCUUCUGUGCCUACGUCAUAUAUGAUUCCUCAGCAAGAACACCCAGAGAUACCACUCGAAUGAAGUCUGAGAAGAUGAAAUGUGAGAAUCAGGAACCCCACAGAGAAAGCCCCAGCAGUGCUCAGAUAUCAUCAGGUUCUUUCCUCAGGAACCACUAUGACAGAAGAGUGAAAAAGCUUCACCAGUGCUCCGAGUGUUGGAAGAGCUUCAGUCAUGUAAGCACACUUAAAGAGCACCGGCGUGUUCACACUGGAGAGAAGCCGUACCAGUGCUCGCAGUGUGGAAAGAGCUUCAGCCAGAAGAGCAACCUGAGGAAACAUCAGAGCGUUCACGCUAAGGAGAAGCCGUAUCGGUGUUCGCUGUGUGGGAAGAACUUCAGCAGCAAGAGCAAUCUUGAGCGGCAUCGGCGCAUCCACACCGGAGAGAAACCGUAUCAGUGUUCGCACUGCGAGAAGACUUUUAUAGAAAGCGGCAGUCUUAUGAAACAUCAACGUGUUCACACAGGAGAAAAACCGUAUCCGUGCUCGCUGUGUUCCAAGAGCUUCAGCACCCACAGCAACCUCCAGCAGCACCUCCGCAUUCACACCGGAGAUAAACCCUACUACUGUCAGGAGUGCGGGAAAUGUUUUCGACAAGGAACCGGGCUCCAGAUCCACCUCCGCAUUCACACCGGAGAUAAACCCUAUUACUGUCUGGAGUGUGGAAAGAGCUUCAGGCAAGGAACCGCCCUGCAGAUCCACCAGCGUGUUCACACGGGGCAGAAGCCGUAUCUCUGUAACGUGUGUGGGAGGAGCUUCAGCAGUCACAGUAAUCUUCAGAGACACCGACGCAUUCACACCGGAGACAAACCAUACUGCUGUUUAGAGUGUGGGAGGAGCUUCAGUCUGGACGAAACGCUGGAGGUCCACCAGCACAGUCACACUGCAGACAAGCCGAGUCAGUGCUCCGAGUGUGGAAACAGGUUCAGCAAGAGGAGGAACGUUCAGCAACACAAACACAUUCACACGGCUGAGGACCAGGAUAUGCUGAAGAACUAGAUCUUCUCUGAAGGAACUUCAUACUCAAUGUUACUGCACUUUCUUACACACAUGCACUGACACUUUAUUAAUUUACACACACACACACACACACCUCAUCACGCAUUUACAGUAUUUUCUGUCUGGAAGGUUCAUCUACACAGAAACCUGUAAACAGUCUGUAAAGAACUCAGAUGUUGUUGGUUUAUCAUUUAUAUUUAGUGUUUAUGAUUUAUGUUGGUUAUUUGUGUGUUUUGUGGUUAAGUUCUUGUUGUUGUGACAUCAGAGUUCCCCCAUGGGGAUUAAUUAAUAAAGAACUUCACUCUA